CUCACCUCCUCAUCUCAAGCUGUAGACGUGGGGCUGCGGCCACAGGCGGUUAGGGGCAGGGGUGUGAGUGCCGAGCAGGAGGCGGGGAUGGGGGGACUGCGGCUGCUGGCGGUGGCCUUCACUUGCUGCUGGUGGCCACCCGGCAGCCAGGGUAAGACGCUGCGAGGCAGCUUCAGCAGCGCCGCGGCCCGAGACGCUCAAGGCCAGAGCAUCGGGCACUUCGAGUUCCACGGUGACCAUGCUCUUCUCUGCGUCAGAAUCAAUGACAUAGCAGUAGCCAUUGGAAAGGAAGCUAAACUCUACCUGUUCCAAGCCCAGGAAUGGCUAAAGCUGCAGGAAAGCGGUCACGGUUAUAGUUGUAGCGAAAAAUUAUCCAAAGCUCAGUUGACAAUAGCCAUGAAUCAGACUGAACAUAAUCUGACAGUGUCUCAGAUUCCAUAUCCACAAAUGUGGCACGUGUUCUAUGCAGACAAGUAUACGUGCAAAGAGGACAAUGAGAAUUCUCAGGUGGAAGAUAUCCCAUUUGAAAUGAUGUUACUAAACCCGGAUGCUGAAGGGAAUCCAUUUGAUCAUUUCAGUGCUGGAGAAUCUGGGUUACAUGAGUUCUUUUCCCUCCUGGUCCUAGUGUACUUUGUGAUUGCUUGCAUUUAUGCGCAAUCAUUGUGGCAGGCUAUUAAGAAAGGAGGACCCAUGCACGUGGUUUUAAAGGUUCUGACAACUGCAUUGCUGUUACAAGCUGGUUCAGCUUUUGCUAAUUACAUUCAUUUCUCCAGUUACUCCAAAGAUGGAAUAGGGGUACCUUUUAUGGGAAGUUUGGCAGAAUUUUUUGACAUCGCUUCCCAAAUUCAAAUGUUAUACUUACUUCUGAGUCUAUGCAUGGGUUGGACAAUAGUCAGAAUGAAGAAGUCUCAGAGCAGACCUCUCCAGUGGGAUUCUACUCCUGCGUCCACUGGCAUUGCUGUCUUCAUUGUCAUAACACAGAGUAUUUUGCUACUUUGGGAACAGUUUGAAGAUACCAGUCCUCACAGCCACCAUUCACACCACAACUUAGCAGGGAUCCUUCUAAUUGUUUUAAGAAUUUGCCUAGCGUUGUCAUUAGGCUGUGGACUCUACCAGAUCAUCACAGUGGAAAGAAGUACACUCAAGAGGGAGUUCUAUAUCACUUUUGCCAAAGGCUGUAUCUUGUGGUUUUUAUGCCAUCCAGGUCUUGCAUGCAUUUCUGUCAUUUUUAAUGACUACCAAAGAGAUAAGGUCAUUACAGUAGGCGUUAUCCUUUGCCAGUCUGUUUCCAUGGUGAUUCUCUACAGACUCUUUCUAUCCCACAGUCUUUACUGGGAAGUUUCUUCACUUUCCUCAGUAACACUGCCACUGACCAUAUCAUCUGGACACAAAAGUCGCCCUCACUUCUGAUACUUGAUUUUCUUUAGAGGAAAAGUAAAUUUAUUUACCAGAGUGCAAUAAGGAUUCAAAUACAGUGACUUUUCUUUUCAUACUUUUGGUAUGAAAAAUUGAACAGAGAAAGCAGAGCAUGUUAUUUAUACAACUGCAUUUAAGCAGUACCAAACUGAAAAAAAGGUAAUAAAUGUUUUGAGAUAUACUUAAUAAACUUUCAAGAAAGAGUGUUGUUAUAAGGUCAUUUAUGCAAUUUCCAUAUGGAAAUAAAGAUGAAAAGAAUUAUAUGAUAUUUUGGUAAGAGAUUCACCACUUAUAAUGCCUCAUCUUAUAUCAAUAAUUAACUCAGGUUUGAUAGUCUUAUAAAAAGUAAUCAGUUAAAUGAUUACUUGCUUAUACAUGUCUAAACCAAGUCCAGUUAUGAAAUCAGUGUAAUACACUGGUUAAAAACUGCUUCUUUUUAUGCUUUAAGGAAAAUGCAUUUUGUAUUGGAGUUAAAGAAAUUGAAAAUGAAGUUACUUCAGAAAAUCAGUAUAAAAUAUAUUCAUAGUUAAGUGAAUAAGCUUUUGUUUAUUUGUGGGUGGGGUUAUUCUCCAUUUUCUUCUAUUCUAGCUCUAGCUAGGUUUUAGCUUGAUUAGCAAAGCGUUUUUGACAGAUAGUUUAUGAAAAACUUAGAUACAUUGCAUUGGUUUUACAAAGGGUUUUAAAAUCUGAGCACUUAGGUGAAGGGACAAGCUGGUUUACAUGUUGAAAAAGAAAGAAGGAGAAAGUACUCUGUGAUAUGGUACUAAAGUUUUAAUCCUGAUAUAAUUCAUUUCUCUUACACUGAAUCCCCAAUCAUAAUUAAGCUGUAUACACAGAUUAAAUUAACAGAAGCAUUUCACAUAAAUGCUGGUUUCAGUCAUCAACUACCCAUGAAUUCCUGCCCAAGGAUACUUAAUCAGGAUUAAAUUUUCUAUGAAUAAUUGAAAAACAAAAUACUCACUGGAUUUGUUAUAAUCCGUGUUGGCACUGGAUUCUAAGUAGUUGCCAUCUUGAAUCCUUUGUAAUAAAGCCAUAUUUUUGCGUAUGAUGCCCCAGUAUUGAGUAUACACUCUAUCAAGUGCCUGUUUAAAAAAUUGCUAAAUUGUUGUUACUUGCUGUAUAAAAUGACUAUGCCCAUUAAUAGUCACUGAUCAGAAAUUAUUCUGUUUCUGUUUUUCAAGUCAUUCAGGCCUUUACAUUUUUACCUCUGGCUUAUUUUAAAGAUAUUUUUUUAUCUACUUGCAAAGGUAUUAUGUUGUUAAGCAAGAGAUGGUGCACUGAUCUGGUAAUUAACCUUUUUAAAAUUAAACAGUUAAAGCAACAUAGCACAACUUAAAAAUCUCUUCGAUGUUGUCUGUUUUUCCCUUACAUCUAGUCUCAUUGGAAAUGAAUAGUAUUCUGCUUCAUUUUAUUUAUUUUUUUUUUUAUUUUUAUUUUUUUUGUGGUAUGCGGGCCUCUCACUGUCGUGGCCUCUCCCGUUGCGGAGCACAGGCUCCGGAUGCGCAGGCUCAGCGACCAUGGCUCACGGGCCCAGCCGCUCCGCGGCAUGUGGGAUCCUCCUGGACCGGGGCACGAACCCGCGUCCCCUGCAUCGGCAGGCAGACUCUCAACCACUGCGCCACCAGGGAAGCCCUUCUGCUUCAUUUUAAAGGGAAAAUACGUGUGUUCAUGACUAGCAAAAUGGCAGAAUGACAGAGUUCAGCCUGCUCAUUAAAUCCUCAACAGUUCUUUGUAAAUUAUUUAAUAAAUGAGAGCUACAGGAUGAGACUAGAAAAUCUGAGGUGUAUCUUAGGUUUAGGUGUUGUUCUGAGUGGUCAUGACCUUUGCUUUUACCACAUCUCACUAAUAACCCCAGUUAUUGUCUGUUGUGUUCAACUGAAGUACAGUUAACUGAGCUGGGGAAAAAGAGUGAAGCCUUUUCAUAAAUUUUGUGAACUUGCAACAGUGGGAAGAGAAUAAUCUUUGUGUUAUUUACACAAAGAACAUGGAAACUGUAAUCAACAUGUAUGAAAUAUAUUGCUGUGCUUGCGUUUAUGAGGCUCGAACAGGGGUUUUUUUACUCUAUUUUUUAAGUUAUGGUUGAACUUGCUGAUAAUUUAUUUUGUUAUUUAAGAGCCACUGUUAAAUGAAGAAAAACAGUUAGUAAAUAUAUAAGGCAGUUGUGAAUAAAGGUUCUAGGUCUAGUGCUGUAACCACACUCCCCUUUAACUGAGUAUAAGAGAGAGGAUAAAUGGUUCCCCAUAGUCACCUGACUUUCCUUCACUUUUCUACUUUACCCUCAUGAUUUAAUUAGCACCUAUUAGAUGUUGUGUUAAAUUUUAGUGAGAAUGAAUGGCUAUCCAUAGUUAAUUUUAGCUGUUGGUUUUUAACAUUAAACCUGGAAUUGUGCUGAAAAUCAGAAAUGAGCUUGAAUAUCUGUACCCUCAAUGUUUGAACACUUGGCUUUCAGCCAGACAGUAUUGCUAGCAGGGAGAGAUAAUCCAGGCAGAAGAGCUUGCUUUAGGAAAAAUUUUCAUGAUCUCAAGUAAAAUAAGCCAUGUCUAAUGAAAAUGGGAGAUAUACAAGUCUAAGACCAAUUCUAACAUAAGGAGACUAGAAUCUAUACAUCAGCAUAAACAUUGGCCCCUUCACCAUGUUUCCUUUAGGCAGUUAUGCAUAUUCUCUGGAAAUUCUUUGGAAAUCUGGAAUUAUUUGUGACACGUUCACUUUAAAUAGCUUCAGUGGUGUCAAAUCUUUAAGGUUCUUUGUUUUUGAGAAGUGAUUUGAUAUAGCCAAUAAAUUUGAGACUAGAUCUGAAGAGGUAAUAGCAAUUUUUGUUCCAACAUGUAUUUAUGAAUUGAGACUAAAAUAAUGAGAUUGGUUUUCCAAUGAGAUCUGAAAACUGAACUUGUGCAGUAGUUCUGUAAUAUUGCUGCUUCCACACUUGGGUGCCUUCUCUGCACAACUCCAAGGGCAUCACGCACAUUGUGCUCUAGGAGUGACAGUUACAUAGAAGAGCAAGAAGCUUGGAGUUGUGGAAGGGGUGGUCCUGCCCGCUACAGCCCAGUCUCCACAAAGCAAAGGGAAAUCACCCGGAUGAUGGAGUUCUUUGUGCUAACCUGGUGCCUUUUAUAUUUGAAAUUAUUUUAAAAUAGUUUAGAAAUGUAAAUCAGAUCAAACUACUGCUGUCUUAUUAAAAACUCUCCACUUGCUUCUCGUUGCACUUAGAAAAGAGUGACUCAUGCUCAUUACCAUGUUCUACAAGGCCCCACGUGAUGUGGUCCCUCCCUCUAUCUCUGAUCUCAUUUCAUACCACUGUCCCUCUCACUAUGCCCCAGUCUCAUCAUCCAAAAAUACCUCAUUUAUAUCACUGCCUCAGAGCCUUUGCACUAGCUAUUUCUUCUGCCCGGAAUAUUCUCUUCCAAAUCUUGAUGUGGUUGUGUGGUUGAAUCCUCAUCCUUCAAGUUGUCAGCUCAGAUAUCUUUCGGAGACCUCUGACCAUUGGUGGUGGAUUUAUAUGAGGCCAAUGUAGCUAAGCUGGAGAUAUGUUUCUCAGAAUUACCUCUGCAUAAUUCCAGAAUAGCAUGGGUCAAAGAGAUGUUUGGAGUAAGAUUUAGUGGGCUGAAGUAAAGUAGCCAGAUCCAGAUUGUUUUUAAAACUGAAAGGUCCAAGCAAGGCACACACUGUUGCUGCUCAGCCAGGUUAUUGCUUAUCUGCUGGUUCAUCUUCUUGGUGUGUGGGCCAGCAGCCAGGUCCACAGAACACCAGCUCCUACUGGGUCACCUCCUUCAGCUUCUCUGACUCCUGGGCCAGAUGUAUGUAUUACUUUAUGACAAAGGGUGCUGGGUUGUGCAGGACAACCCCACUAUCGAGGUUGGAGACUUGCAGUCCAUUCUCAUGAGUUCCACCCAAUUCCCAUGGGUUUUGCUCAUCCUGGCAGGUCCCAGUGCAUCUUUGCUUUCCCCACUUCACAUUCAUCUUCCCUCUCACUUGCCAGACACAAAAGGAAUAGCCCCCUAGAAUCCCUAUAAUAAAUGCCUUAUUUUAUAUAUUAAAAAUGGAGUGUGUGUGUGUGUGUGUGUGUGAGAGGGAGAGAGAGCCUAGUGGUUUUCCUUUUCUGAACAGACCCUACAGAUACACCAUCCUGUCUAAUGCUGCACCCCAUCCUAAUCACUCUAUUACAGUAUUUUCUUUUCUCUUUAUAGUACCGCUUUAUCUUUGCCUCUUGCCUCUCUCCCCAACUAGAAUGUAAAUUCUGAGGGAGUUUGGCCAUGGUCUGUAUUGUUCAUUGCUGUAUCCCUAGCACCUAGCACAUUCUCUGGUGCACACUAGAUGCUCAAAAAUACUUUUGAAUGAAUGGAUAAAAGCAAUUCUGGAAAAGUUUCAGGCAUGUAUUUAACAAUACCAACUAUAUAGUGACUUCAGUAAUGCCUUGCUGUUCUUUAUUAAGUUAUAUGGAACUGAGAAUGUGUAAAAAUCUUGAGUGGUCAAGUAGUUGUUAAAUAAAGUCUAACCUCUAAAACUCAUCAAUUUUAAGAGGAUUCCUCAAGUUGUCAAAGAGCCAGUUUCCCUUUGUUUUAAAUAGACCGUAUUGGGACCAUGUGACUGGCAUUUUAGCCUACCGCACUAAAAGCACCAAUUUAAAAGACGUUUAAGUUAGCUAGAGGAAGGAAUGUUGACAGUAGUCAGAAGCAGCUGGGAGAAAGAAAAUCUAAAAAUGACGCGAACACUCAAAUCACAGCAGCCUGGGGUCAUUUAGUGUGGGUGAAAACAGCCCUGUGUGCCUCGAUAGACACUUAGAGCUUUAUUGUUCAAUAUAGCUCAUGACAAUAGCCCUUAGUAUUCAAAGAUUAAAUUAUAAAUUAUGUUCAGUACCCUCAUAGAAAUGUUCAAAUACAUUGUUAAUGUUUUAUUCCUGUUAAAUUGGUAAUAUAUGUCAUUGAUCGUACAAAAAUUAGAAGGUUAAAAAGGGUAAAAAAGCAAGUCCUUGCAGCCACUUAUUCCCCUCCCCUGGAUUCAACCUCUGUUACCAGUUUCUUGUAUAUUUUUCUAGAGAUGGCCCCAUGUAUAUAUAAACAUAUGUGAACACAGAUUGGAGCAUCCCAUACAGGUUGUUUUGCACAUUCAGCAGUUUAUUUUGUAUCCUAACUACUGAGUUGCCCCAUCUUUUCAUCGAUUGCUUAGAAUUCCAUUAUAUGAAUGAAUCUUAAUUUUUUUAAUCAGUCCUCUGUUACUAGACUUGGUUUCCAGCCUUUUGCUAUUACAGGUAGCCUCUUAACUCUUGGAAUAAAAAAUUUGCCUGGCCCUCUUCCCCUACUCCCAGACUGUCCUGCUCGGCCCCCACCCUCAAUCCCACUUUCUAGGAUCUAAAUCAUUGGAAUUUUCAGAGUGCUAGAAGUGUCUUUGUUAUUCAUGGUGGAAACUGAUAGUUUAUGCUAAUGAGAUGACUCAGUAUGAAAGCUGACCACACCAGAAAGACCAAACAUAUGAUUAGAGGGUUGGGGCUUUGAAUCACAGUGAUAUCAGCCUGACCUCUGGGGAGGGAAAAGGGGAUGGGGAUUAAGUUCAACCCUGUGGUCAGUGAGAGACUCUAUCAUGCCCAUGUAGUGAAACCCCAACAAAGACUCUGCACACUGAAGCUCAGUUGAGCUUAUAGAUUUUUUAAAAUACAGGUAGAAUUAAAAGUUUUUUUUUUUUAAUGACCACUGUGUUUUACCUGUGUCAUAGGUAGAAAAACCUUACCUCUUGGAGAUUAUGUUUAAACCCCUCAUAUUUUCUUCUAACAGUCUUUUUUUAAAAAUAUGUUUAAAGUUUUGAUCCACCUGCAAUUAGCUUUGCUGUAAAAUGUGAACUAGGGAUACAACUUAAUUUUUUUGAGAUGGUUGCCCCCUUAUUGCAACAUCAUAUAUUGUAUAAUCCACCUUUUAUUUAUUGAUUUGUAGCUAAUCUAUUUGGGGACUUUUAAGCCUUUUCAGUAAACUGUUGAUUCAUGGUCUAAUACCACACUUUUAAUUAUUAUAGCUUUAAAAUAUGCCUUACUGUCUGAUAGGGAUAAUUUCCUGUUAAUACUCUCCUUUUUCAUAAUUUUUAAAAUUAUUCUUGCCAAUUUUUUCGUAUGAGCUUUAGAAUCCUUUUUUUUCUGAUUUUUUUAAAAAGAAAAACAAAUCCUGUUUACUGUUUUUAGUGAGAUGUAUUAAGUUUCCAUAUCAACUUAGGGAUUUGACUUCCUUAACAUGUUGGAUGUUAAUUUCACAGAUGGUAGCUUGUCCUUUUGGCUCCUUAGCCAAGCAUGUCAUCAACUGUCUGAACUGUGGUUGCUUCCAUAGUGAUGCAUGAAACUGGUAUGAAAUACCUUUCUAUUUUUUUAAUAUGAGUGUGUGUUUGUCAAUCACUUUUUAAAGACUUCUUUAUAUAGAACUUAUACAUUUCUUGAUAAUGCCUAAGAUAUUUUAAUGUUUUCUUUCAUUAUAUGUUGUAUAUGGCUAUUGUUUUACAUGUGAAGACUGUUGGUUUCUGUAUUUUAAUUUUGCUUUCAAUCACCCAACUGAAAUCUCCUAACAGUUGUAAUAACUUUCUAGUUGGUUCUUUUGUACUUUCUAGAUAAACAGUCAUGUCAUCUGCAA